AGCAUCCAAUGCCAAAUGGAGUUGUUAGCAGCUACAUGUAUGGAUGCUGUGGAGGACCCUGUACCGUCAUUGACCCCCCUUAAACCCUUAUCUAUUAGUUUUUCUUCAUGUCCUUUUUCCAUGUCCAGCAGAUCAAAGGCAGCCACCAGGCAGUCUGUUCUACUUGAGCCUAUAUUUAUCACUUGAUCACCCAGUUAUAUCCAGAACACAGCGGCCAUGGAUAACACUAAUAUCUCCGAACUGGUGGAGCGAUUGGGGAGCGACGAUGAGGCGUUGCGCAAGAUGGCUGUCUUCAAACUUCAAGGCAGCAUCGCAGACCCUUCUUUUGCAGACAUCUUCAUUGUGGAGGGCGGACUGCAGAAGCUUUGUUACUUGACAUUACAUGCGAGCGGAAAUACAUUGGCAUAUAGCCUCACGAGCUUUGCCAGAUUGCUGGAGGUUGAUAAAGGGUGGGAAUUUGUCGAUGAGGAGCUUGUAGAAAGAAUUGUCGAACUGAUUGUCACACACCCCCUCGUGAAUAUCCUCCGUGGCGCCAUGUCUAUCCUUGUAUCAAUCGUAUCGCAUCCUUGCGCUGAUGGCCGGGGUUCGCAACAUGGCCUGUUCGGGUUCCGAGCAUUGAAGCCUGCGAUCGCAAUAUAUCCCCAGUUUCUGGAAAUGCUGGUGACUAGGCUUUCAUCGGCCGACCAUGCCCUCUGCGCCAAUGCACUUCAAUUAAUUAACUCUCUCAUGCGGGACUCCAUAACCCAUGACUCGGAUCUAGAAUGGCCGCGAUUUGUCCACAAGCUACAGGACUUGGGUGUUAUCCGGGCAGUUUACACUCUCAUGCAAGGAUCAGCCUUGCAAGAUCAUGCCCACCCUCUCAUUGAAUUUCAAUUCCUGACGAAAAUCCUUCUAAGGAAAUGGAGAGAUGUCGCUCUUGACAUUGAAAAGCCAGAGCAUAGACGUGCCCUGAAGGGAAUUCACGUUGCUAGCAACACAGUCAAAGGCGAGGGAGAUGUGAGUGAUGACACCAAGGGUUCAAGAAGACACUCUCCGGAAAAAUGGCGACGCUUGGGGUUCUCGACGGAAAGCCCGGUGUCUGACUUUCAUGAAAUGGGCUUCUUGGGAAUGAUGGACCUAUCUGAUUACGUGAGGAGCCAUCAAGACGAGUUCCAGAAAAUGCUACUCGAACAGUCUGCAAAACUCGAAGAAGAGCGGUGUCCAAUUGCGCGCGCUUCUCUGGCGGUAACGUCAAUCCUUUACGAACAUUUUGAAGUUGACAAAUCCGAUAUAGAAGACUCCAAGAGCUAUCUUGUCCUAGAGUCACGCUCCAAUUUGGAUAAGCUAUUUAAGCCUUUACUUUUGCACUGGACGCGUCUGCAUGUUGCGGGACUGCAUGCAUUUUUCCGACUUUGGAAGGCGACAGGUGCACAGGUCGAAGACUUUGGGAAGAUCGUGGAACUAGUUCGCAUCCUAAUUGAAUCUGUGGUCGGGGGAGCCCCUCGCACAAAGGAUGUGCAGGAUGUUGAAGAAGAACUGGCUGAUUUUGAAUAUAAUCGGCUUCGUGAACUGCAAAUGGAACUUUUAGAGCUUACCUAUGAAGAUGUAUGGGGCCAACAUCUACAGCAAGUACGGGAUGAAUUGAACCACGAGUCUCUUCAAUUUGUCAAGGAACAGCGCAUCCGGUGCUUGUUGCAAGGGGCUUGGUUUCCCAAUGAACAGAGUCACAAGUCAGAAGGCGGGCCUUCGUCGAAGAACCCUCCUACAUCUUAUAAAUAUGUGCAGCUAUCGCACAAUCGCCGGUAUCUACACUUCGGCGACUUUGACUCGAUCGGCCCAGGACUACCAGAAUUAGAUGUUCUACCAGAAAAGAUCGAUUUGUCAAUCGUCUCAUCGGUAGUCUCCAAUGUCUCAGCAUCACCGGACGAUUCUUCGAUGUCUACAGUUAAGACUGCUCCGCAUCAUUCGACUUCGACAAAGAUAGUCAUCCAUGGAUACACUCCAUCAGCUGCCUCGGAACCCUCUAAUUACGCCAAGAAUCCGAGCCAUGCUCGAUCAGCCAGCAAGGCCACGCAGAAAGAAAGCGUCUUGCUGACUCUCCGGCCGCAGACACACAGCAUUGCAUCUGAAUGGCUUGACGGUCUGCUCAUGCUGCUCAAUCAGCAACCGAUCACGUCGGAAACAAACAAGCUCAUCAACCUUAUCAGCAACUAUGGACUAAAGAUUCGCUUAUUGAACAUUCGUUUCGACGAUGCGGCUUUCACUGGAGAAGCCCCAAAAGUCCCAUCUCGAGAGGGACUUGACGACGAUUACUAUUACGACAUUUUGGGGGGCUCUUGAAAGAACAUCCAUUAUUAACCUUGCCUUAUAAUCAUAUUUUGCGCCGUAAAUUCUUUGUUUUCUCUUUCAAUCUAUAAUUAGGCACACAAUGGUUUUAUGUUGGUUAUGGAGGCAGUAUAUAGGGUUAAAGUGCACAAAACCCCAAUUGAAUAAUACUUCUUUCA